AUGCAAAUUGGAAAAAUAAAUAAAAAUUUGCCAGGUCGUCAUUUUUCAUCCACCUACUUUGAUGUUAGUAGGGUUUUCAUAAACAAUGAUAUCGAUGAAAUUACAAUCUACAAAAACAAAUUGGUCUCUGAAAAUGGACAACAACUGUCAUCAAGUGGAAUUAAAAUGAUUGCAUCAAAACAAGACACAGAACGUGAUGACUUUCUGAGAAAUCAUUUGUUUUCUAACAUUGAAGACUUGUUUGAACCUUUGGAGGAAAAGACAGUCAUUAUUGUUGGUACUGUUAAGGGAAUACGUCAUUAUCCAAGAUAUAGAGAGAAUAAACAAGAAAGAAGAAACGAUCCCCAGGUUCCGUUCGAAGUGUAUCCAUCUCCAAUAAACAUGGAUAUGGACCACCAAGGCGGCGGAUCAAUGGGGAUGAUGAACAACGGACCAGUGGGAGGAGUGUCGCCGACAACACCAAUGUCAAUGGAUGGUAUGAUGGGAUUGGAUCACGGCAUGACACACAUGACUUUUUAUUGGGGGAUGAAUGCUUGGAUUCUUUUCGAAGGAUUUCCUGGAACAAAUACAAUAUUGUAUAUCUUGUCACUUAUUUUGAUAUUCCUUCUUGCUAUGAUGAUGGAAUGGUUGGCUCAUUCCAACAUGACUCCCACAAAAUCCAACCGUAUAGCGCAUACAAUGAUACACGUUAUGCAUGUUGUGUUCUCAUAUAUGUUAAUGUUAGCGGUGAUGUCGUUUAAUAUUGGUGUAUUUGUUGUGGCGGUAGCUGGUCAUGGUCUUGGGUACUAUUUGUUUCAUGUAACGAGAAAGGCAAUCGAUUCGGAAAUAACUCCAAUGGCCUUUUAG